UUUCGUCUAAGUCUGUAGAGGGCGCCAUAACAAAACCAUAUGUAGCGCUCGAGACUGCGAGAGAAAUGGCGAAGAAAAGAGGAAAUACAGGCCAAAAUGUACACAAGAUGAAAGUCAGUGUCACAAAGCUGUCAAACAGACACUCCAGUAAGUCAUCAUUGACAAAGCGUUCCAAAAUCCUGGGUAAAAGCAUUAAGAGUGGUCCAGGGAAGAAGCCACCAAAAGGAUUUUGGAAUAGAGCUAGCCAUGCAGCAGGUGUGAAGGCUGGAGUCAUCAAGGAAAAGAAACCCCAAAGGCAUGUACACAGAUCAAAACAAGAGGAGACCGACAUGUCAAAGGUUAUAAAGGAUGAAGAAUUGGAAGAAGAUGAAGAGGAAGAAGACGCAACAGAGGAUUUCACUGGAGAAGAUUUAGAAUACAUCCAGUCAAUGGGAUUUGGUGAAAACUUUCUCUCAGGCGUUAAUGACAGUGAACCUCCCAGCUCACAGAAGUGUAAUAAAAGAAAGAGAGUUAAUCCUGACAAUGAGCUGAAGCCAUAUGAAAUGACACCCAGGUCCUUACCCUUGGCAAGAGGGGAUCCACCUCAAAAAAUGAAACAGUUGUUACCCAUCAAGCAUUCGAAGGGUUUUGAGUUCAGAUGGGAGGAAGCAAAGGAUGAAGAAGACAAAGAAAGAGUGACUGAAGAUGAUGAUAUCAUCCAAGAUAUUGACAUGAAGGCUCAAGCAGAUGUUGUAGAAGAGAAGCCAGUUUUGCCAGCUCUGAGCACAGUGGAACUAUUCACGUUACGAGAGAGGAAGUUAGCACAAAGAAAACAAAGGAUUGCUAGCUUGUCCCAUGCUGUACUGACAGAUCCAGAACAAAAUGUAAAUAAAUUGAAGGAUCUACGGUUGAUGCUUGAGGAGAAAGAACGGGAUGUCAUUGUGACCGUCCAGAAGCUCGUUAUGGUGUCACUUGUUGAAGUCUUCAAAGACAUUGUUCCUGGUUAUCGCAUACGAGAAUGGGGAGAGAAGGCAAAAGCUGUUGAGCUGAGUAAAGAAGUAAAGAAGAAGCGUGAUUUUGAGGAAGGGCUACUGAAACAGUACAAAGCCUACCUGUCAUUCUUGGAAAAACUUUCCAGAGGCCAUAAAAAGUCAAAGAAGCAAAUCAGAAAAGAGCAAGAGGGCAAGUUGACCUUUGACCUUCCCGAUGGUGCUAAACGGAGUCUUUCAGAAGUUGCAGUACGAUGUUUAUGUACCCUCAUGACAAGCUUGCAUCAUUUCAACUAUCGCACUAACAUCAUUAAUGUUGUUGUUUCAUUAUUGACAAGUGAGAAUGAAGAGAUAUGCAACACAUGUUGUCUAAAUAUUCGUCAGUUGUUUAAGACUGAUCACCUUGGAGAAGCUGUGCUUGAUGCAGUUCGCUUUAUCAGUCGACUGGUUCGCAGUCACAACUACAGUGUAUCUCCAAAAAUUAUGAACACGUUCCUGUCACUCAAGAUCAAAGAUGUUGCUUUACCUGAAGAAGAAGAGAAGAAGAAGAAACUGAUUGAAAAGAGAGAGAAACUGAAAAAGAUGUCCCGAUCACAACGGAAGCAUCAAAAACGUCUUGUGGAGGUUGAGAAGGAGCUACAGGCAACUGAGGCAUCCGAAAACAAAAAUAAAAGGAAAAAGCUGCACACAGAAAUCAUCCAGUCUGUAUUUGCAACCUACUUCCGUAUCCUGAAGAAGGCCAGCAACUCUGUUCUGCUGUCAUCAGUCCUGGAAGGACUGUCAAAAUUUGCUCAUCUUAUCAAUAUUGAUUUCUUUGAUGAUUUGGUGAAAGUCUUGUACACACUGAUAGACUCAGGGGAUUUGACGUAUCGAGACAGUCUGCAUUGUGUUUUGACAGCUUUUCUAAUUUUGUCUGGUCAAGGGGAUGUUCUCAACAUUGACCCAACAAAGUUCUACACAUUGCUGUAUGUCACAAUGCCACAAGUGCAUGCAGGUGAAAGCUGUGCUGAUGCCAAAUUGAUUCUGGAUUGCAUUGAUGCAAUGAUCAUCAAGAGACACAAACAAGUCACCUUUCAAAGAGUCUUAGCCUUCUUGAAACGACUUGCUACGCUCUCGCUUCAGAUGAUGCCCAAUGGAAUUCUAGGAUAUGGCUGUGCUGUAAGAGAUAUUAUGAAGUGGUAUCCUAAGAGUGACUUGCUCCUAGAUAGUGAAAGUUUUGGGAGUGGUACAUUCCUACCAGAGUUACCUGAAGCAGAGCACUGUAAUGCUCAGAGCACUGCAUUGUGGGAACUUCAUCUACUUAAGAGACAUUAUCAUCCUACAGUCAAGGCGUAUUCUGAUCAUCUAUCUAAGGGCAGCCCAUUAAUGGGGGCUGGUACGAUUCCUGUUGAUGUAUCCAGAUUGUCUGCACAGAAGAUCUGGAAGGAGUUUAACCCAGACCAGAUGACCUUUAACCCUCCUAUUGACACAAGAAGAAAUAAGCAAAAAAAUGUGGUUCUCAAAGACUCUAAUUCAGACUAUAUUCAGGAGGACUUAGGGGAACUGAUCUCUCAGACAACUGCUUCCACAUCAGAGAUAUGUGACAUAAAUGGCUGUCUCACUGACAAGAUAUUGUCAAAUCUGCUCUCAAACCCUGAAGAUUCAGACGUAUGUCUGAAGAGGAAACACCGUAGACGAGUGGAACACAUACCAAGGAAAAGAAAAUCCAACUACUAUGAAGUUAAAAGUUAGCUUGGAAAGAAACCCAGAAGAGUUGAAGAGAUAAGACUGAAAUUUUCCAGUAUAUCCAUCAAUUUAUUAUACCAGUGAAAAUAUCACCUGUCACGUCAAAUAUUGAUAAAACAGUUAAGUUCUAAUUAUGAAACCACUUUUUGUUACAGUAUGUGGCCUGGUUUAUUGUACUUUUGAAUUUUUUUUCUGGUUGCAAUUACAUGUACUGUACUCAAAUUAGUCACUGUUCAAGUCUUAGACAAAUUGAUACAUGUAAUACAAGGUACCUGUUAUUACAAGGCAAUUCAAGUUCCAAGGACCUUGUUAUAAAUGUUCCACCGUAUCCUGUUUUUGUUUCACCCUUAUUAUGCAAGUCUGUUUUUUAAAUAAGUGCUGACUUCACAGGGACUUUUUCAUUUCAAGUUAUUUAACCCCAGCUCCUAAGUAGGCCGUUUGCUUGGAUGCAGUCUCUGUCAUGAAAGAUUUUGCAACCGUCUCCUUUUAUAAAUUGGGUACAGCCUCAAACUUUCAUUGUUUCUAGCACGUUCCCGUGUUGAUGACUGCUGCUUCAAAUCCUUUGGAAUCUUCCAGCAAUUUCUGUCAGUACAUCAAGGUGUUUGCAAAGAAUAUCCUAUUGUAGGUUUGAAUUAAAGAAUGUAUUCAUGCAUAACCUAGUCCAGCUGAAGACCUUGAAAUGAUGAUCCUUCAAAGUAACCACACAUUUUUACUCCAUCUGUACCUGCCUACAGCCUCAAUCUUUCAAAAUUCUCCACUUUUGCUGGGGGACUUUUGAGGAUUUAGGAAGUAUAUGUACUUUUCCCUCCGGAUACAUACCUUUAACUAAGUUGCUGAAUUCAAUUCCUUCUUAUGGCAUUAACAUAUCCUUAAAAUCCUACAACACUUUUGUGGUUAAAAUGUUUUAACGCAAAAAACAGCUGCUGUUUUAAUUGAUGAUGCAAAUUGGAAAGGCUCAAGGGAUGUUGUAAUUCUAAGUACAACUCAGUAUGCUGAAAAUGUUGCAUGCAAAGUGUAGUUGCUCACUUAUGCAAUAAAUUCAUGUAAUCGUGUCAGAA